UUCUGAGAUCCCGCCUGAGGAGACUUAAUUUCCCAUUAUCCCAGCCUCAUCACCAUGGAGCACCUCACCCCUCCACCGUCCGGCAGACUCGUACCGAAGAUUUGGACUCAGUGGCCUCUGAGUCCCCGUCUCAUCAAGAACUUCGGGCCAGUCCGGCAUUCUAAUCCUCAGGAGAAGAAUAUUUCGGUCGAGGGAAGCCAGAUUUCGGAGUCAGUCCCGGCCACUACGGAGCCAGACGAUGAGAAAGCCAAAGAACAGAAGGAUAUACGGCAGCUUAGAUUAUUGUCGCCCGUUCGUACGAAACAAAAGCACGACAGCCUCCGAAGAAUCGGAUAUCCUGAGAGCUGCAGUUGGAUGUUUAGCACCCCACAGUUUAAAGAAUGGUUGGGUCAUGAAUAUUCUGCCGUGCUAUGCUGCUACGGGCCUCCUGGCUGUGGUAAAACCGUACUCGCGUCUGGCGUCGUCGAAGCCUUGAACUCAUCCGAUUUAGAUGACGUGGAAGUCACAUACUAUUAUUGCGAUUAUGCCGAUAAGGCAUCCCUCGAGCCCGCAUUCGUUUUAGGAGCCCUUGUGCGAGGCCUCCUGCGAAAUUAUAAUAUCCCAGAAGAAGUCGGACAGCUUAUCGAGCAACAAUAUUUCGAUGGCAAGCGUACUCCGGAAACGAGCGACGUCUUUCGAGUGCUCAUGCAAACGGUCUGCUGGUUUCAAAAUGUCAUCUUGGUCGUCGAUGGCAUCGACGAGGUUGAUGAAGCGGAUAGAAAUACGAUUCUCCGGUGCUUGAAGACUUUGAUCUCGUGUCCGGGCCUGUCAGCGAAAGUCCUUAUCACAAGCAGAGAGGAUCAAAAUGUCCUGAGCAUACUGUCGCCUCUUCCAGAAGCCAGCUUCCGUGUCAGUCUUCUCGAGUCGGCCACAUCCAACAACAUUGAAAGCUACGUUCGUGACUCGGUAGAGUUGAUGUUACCAGUGGUCCUCGGCAACGCAAACUUAAAAGAUGAAGUUAUUCAGACAUUAAUCACUGGGGCCAAGGGAAUAUUUCUGUGGGUGAAGCUACAGCUUGAAACUCUACGCCUCGCGAGCCAUGAAGAUCACAUCAAGCCCAUCCUACAGGACUUGCCAAAGGAUUUGGACGAAACAUACGACCUCCUUUUACAAAGAUUGGCCCAGUCUUCAAGCCAUGUACUUAUUUCACGAAUGUUCGAGUGCAUGAUCGCUGCUCGCCGCCCUUUGACAAUGGAGGAACUUUGUGAAGGCAUGGCUUUCACCCUUGAAGAUCGCCGCUGGGAUGAUGAGAAGAUUCCCAUCAAUGAUUUAAAUGUUUUGGGGACAUAUGGGGGCCUAGUGGUGUUCGACGAGAAGACUAGAAUCAUCCGUCUUGCCAAUUAUACAGUUCAGCAAUAUCUUCUUCGGGAGCGCCCAAAGAGCUGCUACCAGUUCAACUUAAAGGACGCCAACAAACACCUUGGAGAAGUCUGCAUAGCCUAUCUCUGCUUUGAAGACUUCGAAGAGCAAAACAGCCCCAUCAACAACAGGAUGGCCAUCGAGGAAAUGUUAAGUCCAAUUUCGCCUGUGGACCAACCACAAGAAUUCCCACCCGCAAUCGACAUUGCGUCUAUCACAAUUGGCUUCCGUCAAUCUAUGUCUAUGCCAUCAAUAGCUCCACAGCAGAGCCAACGAACCUUUGAAAACUUCGGCCUUCAUCGCUAUGCAAAGAAGAAUUGGCUGUGGCACGCAGCAAGGUUCGCGCAAAGUGAGAAGUCCGAGAAACGAGACAAUCUCUUCCAGAGUCUGGUGACUCAAAAGCAGUUGCCCUUCGAAUUCAGACCAUGGUCUGCAGAUCUUUUCCUCGGCAAUCCGUACCCAGAUCAGAUGGGCUGGGCGAUCACUCACAACAACCCCAGCAUCAUCAAAAGCUUAUCAGGAUUUGAUCAAUGGUUCGAUUUUAAGAACUAUAUCAGAGAUUCAAUUACCUGGGUGUUCAAGAAUGUUGUCAAUAACUGCCUAUCGGGCGAGCAGCUGCAAUCGAUCGCUUAUUUCCAGGAUGCUUGGAAUGAGAGCUUGCCUAUGCAUGGAUGGGCCUAUUCCAAGAUGUUAAUUGCAGCCCGAAAAGGCAACCUAUCGAUCCUCGAUCUUUGCAGACCGGAUCUGGACAAGCCAGAGCGUCCUUGGAAUCAAUUUCGAGCUCAUCUGAUUCUUGAAGCCGCUGCUGCUAACCAGCAUGCUGUCAUCGAUUCUUUCAAACUGGCACAGGGGCCAAUAAUCGAACAGAGCAGGUCGUUCACCACCGAGUAUGCUGGUCAGCUUUGCAAUGCUCUCGAACGAGCUGCACUGAAUGGACAUGCCGAUAUGGUUCGAAGGCUAGGGCGAGCAGGUUGGAGUGCCUCGAACAUUUUUGGCAACAGAACGUCAGCCGGUAUCCUCGCUUUGAACAACGCCAUUCUUGGCAACAACUCUGAUGUGAUAAAGGCUCUACUCGCGGCUUUGGAGCUUACCAUUUAUGAUCCUAAGGACCCUACGUCACAAAAGGACCCAAGACUUAGCAUCAAAGCACACGCAUUUUGCAAGGCUGCCUGGGCCGGCCAUGUUGCAGCUGUGAAAACUUUUCUCCAGGAUGGGGCAAGCCCAGUUGCAGCUGAUGAGAGUGGGAUGAAUGCAUACAUGCAAGCCAUCAAGGAGGGACAUAUGAACAUAUUUGACUUACUGUUUCCGUUGCCGGGAUGCGGGAGUGAAGGAAACAGCACAGGCUUUCCUUUGGCCCUGGCCGCCGCACAUGGUCGUACCGAGAUUGUCGAAUACCUUAUUUACAAAGGUGCCAAUGUUUUCCAGACUGAAGGUCUGGCUUAUCGAACUCAAGGACUCGAUCAGAAGUCAAAAAUGCCAGGUCCGACACCGCUCUAUGCGGCUGCCGCUAAUGGACACUACGAUAUUGUCGAGCGUCUUCUGGCUGCCGGCGCUGGUGCAGAUGUCAUCAGCACAAAGGACGUGGUGCAACCUGUUGAUGGAGCCGAAAGUGCUCGUCAAAGGUUCUACGCACCGGAAAAGGAACCUCUUGCGGCACUUGGUGUUAUCCAUCCAUAUCAACGACCUCUUUGCGGCGCAGCUUUGAACGGUCACUUUUGGAUCGUCCAGCUACUCCUCGGAGCCCAAGCCCUUGUGAACCCCUCGAAUCUGUCUGAAAACUCUCCCCUGUUGCUCGCCCUCGUUGGUGGUCAUUCCGACGUGGCCGAUCUAUUGAGUUCGAAAGGAGCGGAAAUCAGGAACACAGAGAUGGCUGAACAGGCCCUGCUUGCUUGCUCAAUGUGCCCAGACGGAACGAGGGCUCUGCAACUUUUGAUCGAAUAUGGCGUAUCACCAAAAUGCACCAACUUCUUGGGAGAAUCUAGCCUUCAUAUUGCGACGACGGCGGGCUUGCCUGAUAUCAUGAAGUUCCUUAUCAAGGUCGGGGUGGAUGUCAAUGCCCAAGACAACCUGGGGCAGACACCACUCAUGAGAGCCUGCAACAGCCAAAAUUAUAGAGCAGCAUGGAUCUUGACGACCUCAGGAGCAAACCUCUCAGCUACAGACCGGUCUGGCAAUUCAGCCCUAUCCUGGACAUCUGUCAGCGGAAACGCUCAGAUCGCCCAUUUACUAUUAUCCAAUGGAGCCCCCGCAAACUCACCGAACCUGGUCAGACAGACGCCUUUGUUAGAAGCGACUUUGGCUGGAGAUCAUGCCAUGGUCAAACUCCUGUUGGGCUACGGAGCCAACCUACAUGCUAGGACUGGACAAGCCAUUGACCACCAUGGGAAGAAGAUUCCUAGGGGUUCAACUGCUCUGAUGAUUGCGACGAUUAUGAAUGAGCCAAAGGUUAUUGAAGCAUUAUGUGUCGCAAAGAAGGGAGUCGAGGACGUCGAAUUUGAAGACCGUCGGACGAGUCUACUCCUUGCAGCGGAAAACGGAAAACUGGCAACAUUUCACGCCCUAGUUAAAGGCGGAGCCUCUUUGAAAGCAAGGACUUCUGGCGGCCUAUCCGCUUUAGAUCUCGCCGUGAGAGGGAUAAACAUUGAGGUACUUGAGUACCUAAUGGCUCUUCAGAAACAACGGCUGAAGGCGAAGAUGGAAGGGAUAUUUUCUCGCGAGGAGUUCUCGGGGGCUAUCGCGAUCAUGCCGAACCAUGGCCAGUCUCUUUCCGCAGAGAUGCUUAUAAAUUUGAUGAAGUUGGGGGUCAGACAGGAGGAGUCUCAGGAUUGCGUUCCCAUGACAGAUCCUUCGGAGGAACUGUGGGGCUGGUAGAAUAUAUUGGAUUUUGGGACCUUGGAGCUUCUGUGAAAUUGGGCGUUUUUUUGAAAGCUGGCGGGAUCGCGGCUGAGAUAGGAAUAUUUUACGAUACCCACAGAUGCAUAAAAUAAAUAAACAAAACAUUUCAAUUCAAUUCAUACAUG